AUGCCCUCACCACUUCCACUGCGCUCCUACCUCGCUGGUGAGUUUUCCCCCUUGGUGGACUCGCGACCUUGCAGCAGCCCUUCUGAGCAACCAGGGAAGCUGUGUCUGGGGGCCACUCCGCCCAGGGCCCCACGGCUACCCCGCCGGCUGGCCUGGUGCUCCAUUGACUGGGAACAGGUGUGCAUCCUGCACAGGCUGGGAACUGGGGGCUUUGGCUCAGUGUACAAGGCAACUUACCACGGGGUUCCGGUGGCCAUAAAACAGGUGAGCAAGUGCACCAAGAACCGACUGGCAUCCCAAAGGAGUUUCUGGGCUGAGCUCAACGUGGCCAAGCUCCGCCAUGACAACAUCGUGAGGGUGGUGGCGGCCAGCACCCACACGCCUGCCGGCUUUAACAGUCUGGGCACCAUAAUCAUGGAGUUUGGUGGCAAUGUCACUUUACACCAAGUCAUAUACGGAGCGACCAGGUGCUCUGAGGAGGUGGGGGAACUCUAUGGUUGUGCCAAAGAGCAAUUAAAUUUGAAGACGUGUCUAAAGUAUUCCCUGGAUGUAGUGAAUGGUUUGCUUUUCCUUCACUCACAAAGCAUCGUGCAUUUGGAUUUGAAGCCUGCCAACAUUUUGAUCAGUGAACAGGAUGUCUGCAAAAUUGGCGACUUUGGUUGCUCUGAAAAACUGGAAGAUGUACUAUGUUUAAAGACUCCUUACCACCUAGGCGGCACUUACACCCACCGAGCCCCAGAGCUCCUAAAAGGAGAGACCAUCACGCCCAAAGCGGACAUUUAUUCUUUCGCUAUCACUCUGUGGCAAAUGACCACCAAGGAGGUGCCUUACUCAGGGGAGCGUGAUUAUGUCCUCUACGCGGUAGUGGCCUGUAAUCUUAGGCCCUCGCUCUCCCAGGCUGUCUUCACAGAUUCCAUGCCUGGGAAAAGACUUGAGAAGAUCAUUGGCAGCUGCUGGAGGACCAGUGCUUUGCAAAGGCCAAAUGCAGAACUUCUGCUGAUUGACCUCAACUCAUUAAAAGCUGACUUUUACUGA